AUGGAAUCGUUUGACUUUGAAGAUACAUCUGGAAAGGAGAUCUCUGCUGAUGAGAUUGAACAUGCAGUAGGGGAUGAGACAUGGUCACCUGAGGAGGAGAAGGCACUGAUCAGAAAGAUUGAUCUGAUGCUGCUACCGGUGAUAUGGGUUAUGUACCUGUUGUCCUACAUGGACCGUACAAACAUUGCCAAUGCAAAGGUAUCCGGAAUGGAUGAGGAUCUGAACUUGAACUCGAACCAAUACUCAGUUGCUCUGGUGGUCUACUUUGUAGGAUACGUGGUAUUUGAAGUGCCUAGCAACCUUGUUUUGGCCCGCACCCGGCCUUCGAUUUUUCUCCCUACAAUCAUGAUUGUCUGGGGCAUCCUCACCUGUCUCAUGUCCGUCAUCAAAAGCUACACACACCUUAUAGUCCUUCGGAUCCUCGUUGGAAGUGCUGAGGCCGGAUUUGCACCUGGUGUUCUCCUAGUUCUAUCAUCGUGGUACAAGCGCACUGAGCAGUCCAAGCGCUUCGGUGUGUACAUCUCGGCUGCCGUCCUGUCGGGUGCGUUUGGUAGCCUCAUUGCUGCAGGCAUUAUGGAUGGGCUAGAGGGCGCCCAUGGUCUUCGUGGCUGGCGGUGGUUGUUUAUUGUUGAGGGCGCUGCUACCAUUGGAUGUGCUUUGAUUGCCCUGUUCAUUCUUCCAGACUUCCCUGCUACCUCGAGAGGUCUAUCUGAGCGUGAAAGGCAUGUGGCUGUGGCUCGGUUGGCGACCGAAAAUGUGACCGCAGUGACCGAAGAUACUGCCCUGUUGAGCAAUUGGGGUGCUGUCAAGGUUGCUGUGAGAGAUUGGCGGACUUGGGUCUUUGUUGUUGGAUACAUGGUUAUCGUCGGAUCCAGCACCCUAACCUACUUCUACCCAACCCUCGUCAAGGGUCUCUUCGGGGAUGCUUCUACUUAUAAGAUUAAUCUUCUCACCGUCCCAAUAUAUGGCGCAGCUUUUGUUGCCACUGGCAUCACAUCAUAUUUCAGCGACAAAUUGCCAGACUGGCGAGGGCUGAUCAUCGCCUGCUGGUUGACUUUUUCUCUCGCAUGCUCGAUCAUUGUGUGUGCAGUCUACAACUACACAGCCAGAUACGUUCUACUGGUCUUGAUGGCAUGUGGUCUCUGGGCUACCAAUGGAGGUACACUGGCAUAUGCAUCAUCAGCGUUUGCUGGCAUGCACCCGCAAGCUCGAGGUGUCAGCUUGGCCUUGGUGAAUGCGAUGGGAAACCUGGCGCAGAUUUAUGGAUCGUAUCUGUUCCCGGACUCUGAUAGCCCCAAGUACAUUAUGGGCUUCUCAGUAAUUUCUGCAAUGCUUGCGCUGGGAGUGGUUGUGUUCGGUGCCCUGCAUAUCUGGUUCCGCCGUCGCUCAAAAUCACCCAUUGACUAA